AUGAAUAAUGCAUUUGUUAAUUUUGAAAUCAAUGAAAUUCUUGCCUAUGAUAUAUAUAUCAAACUGCAAGAGCAAGGUAUAUUAACAAAACCAACGACAGCUGUGCCUUUUUCGGAUGAAGCUUUGAUUGAUGUUACAAUGGAAUAUGGAAUUUUCAAAAGUGCAUUAGAAAAUUUACGUCAUGAAUUGAAUAAUAAUAAUAUUAAUGAUAGUCAGUCCUUAAUUCAAGUUAUUGACCUGCCGAAUAUAGAAGAAUUUCGGUCAAUGUUAAAAGAUCGUGAAGUGCUGACCAAUGAAAUUGAAUUUAUUAUUGUUAACAAGCAAAAAUUAGAAUUAGUUGAUAUGAAAGAAAUUACAAGUUUAGUUGAAACAUAUAAAAUGAAGUUUGAAUUCGAAAAACUACAGCCGAAUGAAUUGAUUCAAUAUCCAAUUGGAACAUGUGAAGAAUAUAUAUUUUGUAAAAUCGAGCUAUAUGAAAAGUUGAAGAAAUAUGAUAGAAUUUACCUAGAAGAUCGAUGUAUAUUGUCAACCAAUAGAAGAGCUAAAAUCAAUCCAAAUGAAAUAAAAGAAGAGCAAAUUUUUGAUAAAUUUAAUUCGAUUACUUUAUCCGAUCUAACAAGUGCGAAUAUUUCUGCAGACGAUAGUAUUGCAAUUCUUGAAAUUCUAAGUCGAAGCGAUGAUGGCAUUUUAGAAGAAAUCGCACAUGGUAAAUAUAAAUUAAAGGGUCAUAUUAAGUGUUCAUCAUUACCAGAGUGUUAUCAAGAUGUUGUUUCAGCAAUUCUAAAUUCUAAAUUUUCCUAUCGAUUAACCUAUCAACAUUUGCAAGAACAAUAUAAUGAUAUUCAAAAAAAUGCUAAAUCAGAUAUCGGUUCAAAAUUACAACUUCGACUAUCUGCAAAGCCUUAUGAACAAUUAUUUUACGAUUUAAUCGAUCGCGGUAUAAUCGAAGAUGUUAAAAUCAAUUAUGAAAAAUUGGAAUCGAUUGAAUUGAAGAAUAUUUUUGAACAACCGAUACAAAGUUAA